AUGGCGACCUUUUCACCAAUCCUGCGGCAGCUGGGCUGCUUAAGGUCUAUCGCGAAGCCCCAGUCAUUGGUGUCGCCCCAAAUCGCUCGCCGAUCCAUCACGACUGCGUACACUCCGAAACAAGAGCCCGUGCCUCUUCCGAGCAAACUGCCCAAGUCGUUCCUUUCUCAAAUACCUCCUCGCCAUCAGCCUACCAAUGGCCGCAAGAAGCUCAAAGUCUACCCUGCUCCGCCUUCAAGCCGCUCGGUUUGCAAAGACCCUGUGGCAGCAGUGACAGAAUCUCAAUUGGCAGCCCUUGAUCCAACUGGUGAACGCAAAGCACUUUUCGACUACAGAAGAAACCCACGCAGUGUGAAGGUCGGUGACAUUCUGCGCGUGACCUUCAAGAACGGGGACCCAUUCUCCGGAGUCUGUCUUAGCAUUCGUCUUCGCGGCAUUGACACUACGUUCUUGCUUCGUAAUGAGCUCACCAGGGUCGGUGUUGAGAUGUGGGUGAAGGUUUUCAGUCCCAACGUUGAGAGCGUGGAAAUUGUACAGAGGACAGAGAAGAGGAAGAGGAGAGCCAGGUUGUACUACAUGAGACACGAUAUGCGCAGCGUUGAGAACAUCGUCUCGAACUAUCUCCGACAAAAGUCUGCUCUUUCCGGCCAGAGAGGACAGGGAGGACGCGGUCGUGGACAGAAACGGCGCCGUUAA